AUGGUCGUACUCCCAUCUCGAUCCGGUAUUGAUCUGGGUUCGGAGCGACUCCGUCACCGGUUCACCAUCGGCUGGGCCUUGAUGACAGACAUCUUCGUGUAUGGCACCCUGCAGUAUCCCGAGGUCCUCCGAGCACUGAUCGGCCGAGUACCGGACCUCACGCCAGCCACGCUGACUGGGUAUCGGCGCUACUGUGUCUCCCAGCAAGUCUUCCCAGCGAUCAUCCCAGGGGAAGCUGACGACUCGGUCAAGGGUUACACCCUGUACGGGCUGAAUGCGCACGAGGUCAAGGUGAUGGAUGAAUUUGAGUCGGAGGAGUAUGUGAAAACCGCGGGGGCUGUACUCAAUGCAGAGACGGGCCGCCCCGAGUCGGUGCUCUACUAUGUCUGGCACCCUUCCCUGGAGAGCCAACUGGAGCGGCGGUCCUGGAGCCCCGAGGCUUUCCGGGAGCAGCACCUCCAGGCAUACACCAAAAUGUGCAUCGAGUUUGCAGCCGAACUCAGGUCCCGAGCGCAGUGGUAG